AUUUUCUAUAAGCUCCUUUAUGUAGUUUGGUUUUAUGGCGUCAGGAAAUAGUAACAUAAUAGCAAUUGGACUGAAUUGGAUUCGGAUAUUUGUAUUGUAACAUUUCGGUGUCAGCGUAUUAGGACAUCACAAACAUGACAGAAGGGCGGUGUCGUAGAAUACUGAUAUUCACAUUCCUUGUAAUGCAUUCAAUGACCUACGUGACGUCACACAUAGAUUCCUCCGUGUCGUCUCAAAUAUCUGCUGAAAACACGAGAAGACACAAUGCGCGAAACAACGUAGAGACCCAAGACUGGCAGUACGAGGGCCUCCCCAUCGAGUACCCCAACCGCAAGGACUUCGAUGGCGCAAACCAUGACGUGGAAUUAACAAUGGCAGCCACACAGGCUACGACUACGAAGCUGGUGUUGGACCGUCGUUACCGCCGCAUCUACAACCCUGACGAGGUGGCCACCAUCGAGGAGUUCCCGUACAUGGCCGCCCUGCUGGUGAACAACGAGCUCUGGUGCGGCGGCGUCAUCAUCGACAAGGACAAGGUCCUCACUGCGGCUCACUGCUUACAACUCCAAUACAACAAUCGAUUCUUCCGUGAAUAUGUGAAAAUGUUGACGGUGAGAGUUGGGUCCACGAACGCCACGUCUGGUGGUGAGCUGCUGCGUGUCUCCGAGAUCUUCUUCCAUCCCAACUACAAGCCACAGACCCUGGAGUUCAACUACGCUGUGCUGAAGCUCCAUAAGAACCUGACCUUCGGUAGACGGGACCCAUACAUAGAGAAGAUUACCUUCGCUAGAGACAAAGUGGUUCCUGUUGAUAAUAAAAUCAUGUUCCUUGGUUGGGGGUCUGUUUUGGGUGUCAGCGGAGCAGGAGGUCAGGUUCUACUCCAGAAGGUCGUUCUCCCUGUAUACGACUCAGCGGACUGUCAGGAGAUAUAUGGCAAAGACUUAGUCACCCGAACGAAUUUCUGCGCAGGAUACAUUACGCUACCGAAAAACGUUUGUAAUCACGACGCGGGUGGCCCAGCAGUAAUGGACGGUGUGCUGAUAGGAGUGCUCUCGUUCUCGUCCAAGCGCUGCGACCAGGCAGACCAGCCCGCCGUGUUCUCCACUGUGGGAGCCAUCGCGACGUGGCUCGAUGGACUCGGCCAAUCCAAAGUGCAGUUACGGGCACUACUACAAUGAAGAAAUACAAAACAGUUUGUUUAAGGACUGGUAGAAAAACGUCUACAGAAUUAAAUGUUAAAAAAACUAAAACAAGCGUUUAUUUCCCUAAAACCUGAAAUGGUCGUAUGACAAUAAAACAAACACAUAGACAACGUUCACAUAUAUAUUUUCACUAAUACUGUACACCCAUUUAACUCGCUCAACUAUUCAAGAAAAGACCAUUAGGGUUAAUUUUUAAAACUUUUAAUAUUUUCUAUUCAACAUACAACAUUGAAUAACAUACAAUUUUAAGAUUAUAGAUAUACUUUUUUUG